UUCACGGCAGCAGAGGCUUAAAGCCAAUGUCCACUUGACAGCACAACUGUUUGGAUUAUUUUUCCCACGUCAUGGAUAUUUUCUCUUAAUAGAAGCUCCAAAGUAAACAGAAAUGGCCUUUUCAGAUUCAUGCAGAAUUUUGUGGCUUGCCAGCGUGAUUUUUGUGAUUUUACCACACUUUAAUCUUGGACUCUUGUCUGACUACAAGAUCUGUAGAGAUUCUGAGUGUGAAAGCCCCAUGAGCAGGGUGCAGGCUAAGAGGGACCACCGUGGUAAGGACUGUCGAUUCCUGAGUUUCAGACGAGGAGACACCAUCAUUGUGUACCACAAACUGACUGGAAAGAGAGAAGACCUCUGGGCAGGCACAAUUGACAGACAGUUUGGGUAUUUUCCAAAAGAUGCAGUACAAGAAGAGCAGGUUUAUGCAGCUGCGGACGAAGUAAUGGAAACACAGAAAUCAGACUUCAUAUGUAUGGAUGAGCAUGGCUACCCCAUUGACUCCAGUCACCUGGACAAUACUGAUAAAGAUGGUAAUGAUGACCAGAACAUUCAAACCCAGGAGCCUGAAACCAUCCAAACUAUUGUACACACUGAUGACAGCAGCGCUGAACAUCCUUCAGCAUCAAUAGAUUCGCCAUCAGAAUAUCCAGAUCAACCUGAUGCCACAUCAAGUGAGGAAGAUAAAAAACAAAAAUCUGAUCCAAACACCUCUGCGACUCGUGAGGACACACAUGAGACUCCUGCAGCUCUGGCUGAACAAGGUGGGUCUCCCUCCUCUUCCUGGCUUGGCUCUUCUGUGACAGGAUGGUUAGGUCUGGGGAAUGAGGAACAAAAUGACAAUAUGCCUGAAAGAGAAGAGCCACAGGAAGAAGUGUCUUUAACUUCAUCAGUGACAGGAUGGCUGGGGUUUGGGGGAGAAAAGAAAUUGGACGAUACUGUAAACAGCAGAGAAGAAGACAAGGAAGUUGGUGCUUCCUUUACUUCGACCAUGACUGGGUGGCUUGGCUUGGGAGGCGAGAAGGAAGCUGAUCACGCAACAAAGGAGCAACGCGAAGAGAGAGAAAUAGAUGAUACAAGUGAACCAAAAGAGACAUUCAGAAGCAGAAGAAUGUCACUAGAUCUGGAAGGCAGCCAAUUACAGGAAGAGGAGAAGGAGGUGGGAACCUUGGGAUGGCUAGGAAAGGGACUGACAAGCACACUUGGGUUUGGGGCGACAAAUCUGGAGACUGACCCAAUCAAGGAAGAAAAGGAAAAGCCAGCAUCUAGUUCUUGGUUGGAUAUUGGGGUAGGGGACAUUUUAGGCUUCGGGAAAUCUGAAAGCAAAGUUGAUGAGAGUUCAAGGAGUAAUUUUAAGGAGACAGAAAGGGAUUCAACCCAAAGAGAAGCAUCACCCUCAGAUCAGGCGGAGGAGUCACAAUCCGUGCAGGAAGAGCAAAAAACAACAAAACCAGACGCACAAAGGGUUGAGGAAAAGCCUGGGAUGGAAACAUCAACAGAAAUAGGGGACGAUACCAUUAGCAGCAGCUCUAGCACAGACACAAAUGAAUCAAAUGUGGAGGAACAUGUGGUAGAUAAUUUUUCUCCUUUAGAACUGGCAUCUGUCACCUUAACACUAGAAGAGGAUGUUACUGAUGACAGUGUAGCUGUUUCAGAUGCCAGUGAGGGUGCAAGCCCACCUGUUGAUGUUGCUGCCACAGGUGUUCAGGAAAAUUUGUCUCCUCAGACCACAUCAGAGGAAAAUCUGCAGGCUUUAGACGGAACACCCCCCAGGACAGAUGUCGAAGGAUCUGCAGAAGCUACAGGUGAAGGACAUCAGCUACACAGAUCUACAGGAAAUGGUUUUGGGAAUAAUAGCAGAGAGCUAGAAGUAGAGGGAAAUAAAUCGGCAAGUGAUGACAGAGAAAUUAUAAUUGAACCCGAUGCUGAUUUAGGCUCUGACCUCAACUCUAUGGAGUCAAAGGGCCAGUAUGUAGAGAACACCGACAGAGCAGAACAUGUGGAAGAUGACGGAGUAAAAACCACAAAGCAGGUUGAAAGAGAGGAGUCUACCAUGGUGGGUCUUGAAUUAGUUGGUAAUAAUGAUUCUCAAGAGAAGAGUGAUGCAGAGAAAGACAAACAUUACCUAGGCAUUUACCCAACUCUGAAAGAAUCAGAAGAAAUCAGUCGAGAUGAAGAGAGCAGAGGACAGUUGUCUUCAUCAUCAGACACACAUAAAGAGAAAAAUGGGCCAACUCACAGAAAGGAGGACAGUGGUCCUGCUCACAGUGUAAAAACUGACAACUUAGAUAGAGUAGUCACAGCUGAGGACAGCAAAAGAGAAGGAGAAUCCUACAACGCUGGUGUACAGAAUGUAGAUGUCCACUCUGCAAGUGGUCCUAGUAUGUAUGUAAAUCCCCCACAGGACCAAAUGCUCAUUAUACAAAGCAAUGAUUGUGAAGCUGGGUCUCCUCAGAAUGAGGAAGUGAUAACAUUAAAGGAAAAACAGGAAGAAUUUGAAGUGAAGAGAGUGGAGGAGAGAAAGGAAAAAGAGAUGCAGGACGAAGUACACAAAUUACAGAAAACGGAAAAACAGGAAGAUGUGAAGAAGGAAGAGAAGAAGCAGGGUGAAAUGAAGGAUGAAGAGAGGAAUCCAGACAGAAAAGAAGAGUUAAAGAAGGAGGAAAUACAGAAGGAAGUCAAUGAUAUACACGAGGAGAUGAGGCAGGAAGAGAGUGGGAAGGGAGGAGAGAAUACAAAACAUGAAGUAAAUGAUGUAAAAGAAGAAGAGAAAGGAGAUGAAGAGAUGGUGGACUCACAGGGGGAGUCAGAGAAAAGUGAGAAUGAGCAAGACGCAGCUUCAGUGGAAGAGCAGACACAGCAUGAGGUGGAGUCAGUGGAGGAAGAAAAAAAGAUGAUGGAGGUAAAAGAGGAGGAGAAGCAGGACAAGACAAAAGAGUUUCAGGUGGAGGAAAAGGAGGCAGAAGUAGAGAAGUUUAGAAAAGGAAAGGAGGAAAAGGAGCAGCAGGAUGAGGCGAGGCAGCAAAUCAUAGCAGGGUCAAAGCAGGAGGAAGAGGAGGAAAUUCGAAAGUCAAAGGAACAGGAGCAACAGGAAAAGUUAAGUAAAUUAAAUGAUUCAAAGGAAGAAGGCAAAGAAACAACAGUACAGGUGCCUCAUUUGGAGACGCACAACACAAAUAUUCAGGACAUUUUCAAGCCAGAGUUAGAAAUCAGUGAGGAAAUACAUGAUGACAACACAAAGACUGACGAAAACAAAAGGGAGGAGGAGCAGGUGAAACGUGAGGAAACACAACAGCUUGCAGAUGUGGAGGAAGACCGGAGGGACAAAGAGGAAGAGGAGAGUCAGAAAUGUUCAAACAAACCUGGUGAUCAAGCUGCUAAAGAUGAACCAGCGGGAGUCAGAAAUGAAAAACCAAAGUCAACAGGCGAUUCAAUGAUCCAACAAAAAAGAAGUGGAGUAGUAGUGGAGAGUGAGACCAUGUCCUCUGAAGGUACAGGUCCACUGAAGACAGAUAGACUGAGAGAGGGGGAAGCGGAUGACGCAUCAGAUGAUUCUGAUGAGGGAGAAGAGGGCAACGUCACAUUAAAUGCAACAGGGAACGAAAACACUUACAGCAACGUUAACAUCCCUAAUCAUAAUGAUUUGAAAGUUGAGCAAAUAAGAGUAGCUCCACAUACAGACAACGAUCAGCAUUCUGCAGGUGAGAGCGGCCACAGUGGGGGGACCAGGACAUCACUGGUUGAGACGUGGGACCCGAAAGAACACGAUCAUCAGGAAAAAAACGACAUAGUCAGUCAGGGUCCUUUCAAUUCUGAUGCUAAUAGCAGAGUCAAGGUAGAGAAUGAAAGUAGUGGAGCCUUUGGUCUUUUUAAAAAUGCCUUCAGCUAUUUCAGCCAAACACCUGCCAGCGAAACCAAGGAGCCAACAGCAUCUACUCCGAGUGUGGACACGAAUACAGCAGAGACAGCCACACCCCAAGCCUUUCUACCUGUGGAACAAGCAUCUGAUUCUACACAAUUCAAACCUAAUUCAAAGCAGGUUCCAGUGCAAGAAAUUCAUAAACACUCUCCUGUCAGCAUCUCCACACAUCAGCACACACAACCUUCUCCUGCCUCUGCUCCGUCUCCCAGUCCAGAAACAAAAAGCCUCUCCAAAUACUAUAAAAACCUCCUCGGCCACGUCAGUGGUGAGGAGCUGGCCUAUUUACUGGAUCUCUUUGGGAGAAACAAGCUGCAGUUUUUGGAUUACAUAUUGGGCAGUUCAGAAAGUCAGACUGAUGAUCCUGAUAAUGAUGAGUCUAUAUUGUCAGACAUCAAAAGACUGCUGCAUCACCACAAGGAGACACUGGCCACUUCAAAUGAGGUCAAUGAAAACACUCAAACACUCAUUGCUCUUCAGAAACUAGAAAUACUAUUGAAAAAGCUGAGCGAGAGAUUCAACACAAGGAAAUCAGAUGUCAGUAAAGCAACGCUUCAAGCUGAUGCCAGCUGUGUCGGUGGAUCCUGUUCAACAAACGCUAAAGAUGAGAAGGAGCCAAAGGGGAUUCAGGAUUUGUCCAAAGCCAAAGAAACCAAAGCCCAGAGAGACGACGGGAAGGCAGAGGAGAGAGACAAAGUACAAGCAGGUGGUGUAACAGAACAAUCAAGAGAAGAUGAUGCUUGGGAAGGACCACAAAAAGAAACACAGACCCAUCCUCACAUUCAGCCAGGAUCACCUCAGCCACAGGAAGGGAUAAUGAAGCAAAGUCUGGACUUUGUGCAUCAGUUUGUCACAGUCUCAAUCACUUGUGUACAUGCCACUAGAGAGGUCCUCAUAGGGAUCACUGCAAAGGUUGUGUCAUCACUACCGGAUGACAUCAGACCUGGGCCAGACCUGUAUGGGUUGCCAUGGGAACCAGUCAUCAUCUCCAGUUUUGUGGGACUAGUGACAGUGCUGUUGUUUACCUGCAGAUGUUACAGCUCUGUCAAAAGUAGAAUGUAUAGAAGUAAAGAGCGGCGGAUGGCUGAACAGGUUGCACAGUUACUGGAAGAGAAGUGUAAAGUUCUGGAGACGCUCAGUAAAUGUCAACAAGAGUAUGGUGAACUGGAGGAAUCACUGAGGGAUAGAGGAGUCUUGGUCCAAACUCAAAAAACAGAACAGUUAGAGAUCAAAGCCAGACAGGUGGAACAUAAUAAAAGGGAGCUGGAGAGGGAUAUAGGACAACUGAAAGACCAACUUGAACAUCAGCGAGAACAUCGGCUAGAGCAAGAAAGGAAGAUAGCUGUGCUCGAGGAGAGCAUGAAAACAUUAGAAGAUCAAACCAAAGACCUCCAGUCACAGGAGGAACAGGCACAGAAUACUCUGAAAGUGUACAGCAUGAACACAGAUAGACUACAGAGAAACCUGGAAAUGGCUGGAGAGGAGUCUACAGUGCUCCAAGAGAGCAAUGCUCAGUUGAGGCAGCAGGCGGAGGGAUGGGCAGAAAGAGUGAGCGAGUUAGAGGCGGAAAUAAGGAGGUGUGAGGUUGCCUACGCUGGGAUGCAGCAGGAUGUGGCCAAUAAGGAUGAACGUAUAAUGUCCCUGACAGACCAUCUGCUAAGAAUGAAAGCUUGGGAUUCAGACCUGGAGAAAGAAGAGAGUGAGGAAGAAGAAAAGAAGGAGGCAUCAAAUGGGAGAGCGGCUAAACUAGAGGGUGAAAACGAGGACAUAACAGACACACAAGGCCAUCUUCAGAAAGUCCAGAAACUCAUUUAUGCUGCUAAGUUGAAUGCAGACCUCAAAUCACUUGAUGAGGACAAGAACAGAGUAUUUGCUAAACUAAAUGAUGAAGUAAAAGCUAAAGAAGACCUGCAUGAAAGUAUUAAGGAGAUGGAGAAUGAGAAAUUGUCUUUGCAGUCGGAUGCCGAGCAAUAUUCAGAUCAGGUCCAGCGGUUGCAACAAAAACUCCACAUAAUGACAGAAAUGUACCAAGAGAAUGAACUCAAGCUGCACAGACUUCUGACAGUAGAGGAAAGGGAACGCCUGCAAAAAGAAGAGAAGUUAAAUAAAGCAGACAAAAACAUUGCAUUGGCCAUAGAGGAAGUCAACAACUACAGGCAACGAGCAGAAGAGAUGGAGGAAGAGCUAGAGAAAACUAAACAGUCUUACCAGACUCAAAUAUCUGCACAUGAGAAGAAGGCUCACAACAACUGGCUGGCAGCUCGAGCAGCAGAGAGAGACCUUGCAGACAUCAGGAGAGAGAACGCGCUCCUCAGACAGAAGCUGACAGACACUCAGUUUAAGCUGGAUGCCAUUGACAAAGAUCCUUAUGCCUUGGACAGUCUGGCUCGACCUCUGCCAUUUCGAGCUGAAAGGUCACCAUACGGGCCAUCUCCUCUGGGGCGACCAGCCUCUGAAACCAGACCUUUCCUCUCUCCUCCUACGUUGAUGGAUGGACCACCUGCUCGAUUGUCUCCUAGAAUGCCUCAUGGUCCAGUCGAGCCCCCAGCAAGUCAAGGAGAGUUGGAGCGGAGCGGUGGUCCUCAUUCAGACAGUGGCUCAAUCUCUCCUACGUGGGACAGGGAUCGCAGGGGUCCCCCACCGGGACCCCUUGGCCUUAUUGGCCCUCCAGGCUACAUGUUAACAGACGCAGGAGGUCCUAUGUACAGGAGACCUCCACCUCCAGGAGCUGUAGGCAUUUUGCUUCCACCUGGAUCUGUCCUUCCCGGUCCCCCUUUACACCAUCCUAGGGGCUUCCCGUCUGGUCCGCCAACUGGACCUCCCCACUCCACAGACAUAGUUGAUGGUCCAUACAGUGAAAACAACACUGGACCUAUUGAACAGCCACACAGAGAGUCAGGUUCUGGUGAUCGGAGGACUCCUCCUGAAGUUGAUCUAAAGGGUGGCCCACUCCCUCCUGGACCCCCAAUGGGCCCCAUGGAUGGUCCCUUUCCUCGUAGAACCCUUUAUGGACCCCCUCCUUCUGAUUUUUACCCGCCAAGAGGACCUGGGGGUCCUGCUAUGAGGCCUAUGUGGGGUCCUCCACCUUCGGGAAUGAUGUUCCCUCCUCGUUUUCCUCCCAGUGGACCUCCUCUUUUAAAUGCUCCUCAUCCUCAUUACGCGCCCGCCAUGCGGCCUCCUGUGCCUGACAGACUUCCCCCUCAUUCCAUGGGCCCUCCCCCUCCACAACAGCCCCUCCCCUUCCCACCACACAGCCAGUCAUCAGAGGAGCACGUAACUUCACCUGAAGACGCCAUUUGAGCCUGAGCCAAAUUUCUACUUGAGCAGUGAGAUUUCCAAUUUAAAAUUGCAUUCAGUGGUACAUAGAUGGCAGCAGCUUGCAGUUUCCAGCAUUUUCUCGAACAUCUAUUUAUUAGCCAGGAGGAUUUAAAUUUGUAUUUAAAACAAUGCUAAUGGAGAGAUUCCACUACUGGUUAUUUGCCCACUGUGUUCCUAUUUGUCUGUUUCAACUGCCUCUUUUCCUGCCUGCCGUCUUUCUGUUGCUUCCACUUCACCCUGUCAACAGCAUUCCCUAUGAGGUGGUAUUUGUUGUGGAACCACAGUAAGUGCACAUAGACUUUGUUGUGUUUGUUGCUUGACUAUCAGAAAUGUUUUUAAUGAGACUGAAAUUUAGUGAAUUUAUGUACAUUGAAUAUGCGGCAGAGAGAUGAGUGUUUUACAAGUCCCUUAUGUCCCUUUGGCACAAAACGGAUUAAGCUAACGGGGAAGAAAGUCUUCAAAAGUUUUAGAACAGGAUAUUUUGCUGAAACCAGCACACUUGUACAGUGUAAAAGUCAUUUAGUAUUUCCUUUGUUGAUCUCAGCAACACUUAAAUCAGAUCACAACAAGUCUUCUAUGAUUUCUCAUAAAUAUCUUUCUCAGAAGUAAAAUGAAAGUUUCUUAAAAAUGCAGUUUAAUUUUUAUCACUAUAUGCUUCGACUCAUCAACCUCUCCAUUUUGAGUGUGUUACAGUGGCUGAUUUUGGCAAAGUGGUUUACAAAAGCAAUUUUCUGUUGAAAUAAGCUGUGACUCAGUGUGACCAUCACUAAAGGGACUGACUGGAAAAGAAACAAACACGAAAGCCGAAAGAUCACACCCAUGUAAAUUUUGUAAAAAAAACAAACAAACUUAAUUAUUAGAUUAAUAAAGUCUGCUAAAUGGUCA